AUGUCACACAAAAGUAAGAAGAAAAGACCGUCAAGCCUGUUCGACCUAGAUAACAUAAAAGUGAGCAUGCAAGCGAAAGUGUCCCGGACCGAUCGCGUUCGUGAAUUGUUGAGAGGCCUUCGCGAAGUUGAUGUAAAUGCUUUAAUUUCGAAUGAGUAUGACCUUGACGAACAUGAUAUUAUUACUAUUCUGACGAGCAAAAUUUCCGUUCAAAUGUUGAAUUAUCUGCACAAGGCACUGCAGCAUGUUCCUACAAACAUCACUCGUGUCGUUGAUAAAACACCAAUGCGGUCAGCCAUCAUAUUCAAAGUUUUUACUAGCCUCCAAUCGACAGCAACGGGCACGUUCAUACAUCCGACUGUGGAAGAACUUGAAACGUACGGCAAGAUACUUGAAACUCGCUGUCCAUUGUUUAUGUCCGUUGAUACAGAUCUUUCAAACCAAGACAGCUUGUUGGACAAGUAUCUCACUCCACCGGUUUCUGUUUGUAUACGAUGCGACAAGCACUUGUCCAUGCGCAACAAUCCGUCCAGAGCCGUGCUAUUUACUUUAAAUGGUCCUGUUCCAUGCUCGAAGUUUACCCUGGAAUGCAGGAAUUGCUCAAUACAUUUUGGAGUAUGCAACUACACCGACAGGUCUGGCACUUGCUUUUAUCCUCUCAAUUUCGAUUUGGAUUUGAUAGAGGUCAGCAAUGUUACAUAUUUCCAUUGCGAUUUAUAUCAGUGGAUGCCAUCUCUCAGGUAGGAUUCGCGUUCUGUGAAAUAAUAUUUGGGAAUCUAAUAUAUUUAUUAAAUAAUUUACAUUAGAUUUGGACAUUUAUCAAAAAACUUACCAAUUGAUAUAGUGAAGUCACAGAUAUUAAUAAAUUUUAAAACCUUUUGAAUAUUUUGAAGUACUUAUAAACGAAUAACUUUUAAGUUAAAUUAGUUUGCUUUAUUUUAUAUAGUAACCAUUGUUGGGUGUAAUAUUUGGGAAUCUAAUAUAUUUAUUAAAUAAUUUACAUUAGAGCUGGACAUUUAUCAAAAAACUUACCAAUUGAUAUAGUGAAGUCACAGAUAUUAAUAAAUUUUAAAACCUUUUGAAUAUUUUGAAGUACUUAUAAACGAAUAACUUUUAAGUUAAAUUAUUUUGCUUUAUUUUAUAUAGUAACCAUUGUUGGGUGUCAUUCAGUGAAUUUGCUGAAGCUUAUAAUGAAAUAAAUGAGAAACAAAUUCAAACAUAUGCCAACUCAUUGAAAGGUUUGUUUGCUACUUUGCUAUUAAUACAGUAAUAGUGAUGCAGAGUUUGUGAGCUCCUGUUUUGAAGUUUGAAAGCUUUUUUCUUUUCAAAAAAUCUGAAACAUAAAAUUAUAAUUGAAAGGCAACUUGUGGCCAAUAUAUUCGUGUUUUAUUUUGCAAAAGAAUAGACAGAGAAUGUCAUGAAUUAUGGAUAAAUGCAUUUUAAUUUAUGCAAACAAAAUUUACUAGUAAUACAUAAAUUGAAGUAUUUGUGUCAAUUUUUGUAUCGACUAAAAUUCUUGGUUUCGGAAUGAUGGACUGGUAUUGUACCAAACAAAAAAAGCUGGUACCGCCCAUCUCUACACUGAACUAUACAAACAGUUUUAAACUCCUAUUAUAGAUUCACCUAUAUUGGAAGGAGAUGCUGAUGAUAGCGAUAAAGGUAGGGAUUUACUGCUCUGGCAUUUAAAGGGGCAUUGUCUGUCAUGGGAGUGUCAUUUGAUACCCUGAUCCAGGAAAUCCUGGCCACUACAUGAACGUGUUCAAGACUCCGACUAUGCUGAAUGAUGGGCAACAACAACUUGUUGAUAAUUUCGCCCCUAGAGCCAAUUUAAAUAUUUUUUUUUAAAGACGGUGCCAUUUCAUCUGGCGCUAGUGAGGUGAAAGAAGCAGCAGAUCGGUAGUUUUGUUGAGGAGAAGCACAUGCUUGAGUAUAUCAGACAUCUUGAGGAACUGCAAAUUGUAUCUAUGAUAAGAGAGAAUUCCGGAUUGUACUCCUUCGAUUCCGAAUUCUAGAGGGGGGGCAUUGAAAAUUUUAAAAACUUGGAGGGGGGGGCAUCGAAAUUUACCAAUAACCUCAACAGGGGCCCUGUAAAAAUAUGAGCUUUUUUCAAGACAUCUUCAUCCCCCUCCCUCGGUGUAAUAAAUGUACUUUCCCUAAUGUUGAAAGUAGACCAUUUAAAACUUGAUUUUCAAUUUGUAGGCAUUUUACCAGGGGAGAUGUCCGCAAAAGCAAUCGCAAAGUGCUUUUGGCAAUGUGAAACUGAGCUGGAACUACUUUCGCAUGGUUUGCGGGAAACAUGGGUUUUCAUGGCUGCAAAGUCUGGGCAAUUUACGGGUACAACUGAUGAUGUCAUGGAAUACAUUGACAAGAAACGCUCUGAAGAGCUUUAUUUGCACAAUUGCUCAGCUCAUUGCAGAGAAAAGGGUAUGUUACAUGCCUCGAAUUUCCCUGAAAUCAAUCGACAGCAAUGGGGUUAAAAAUUGCUGUAGAACGUAACAGCUGGCUACGUGCAAUUUUGGCAGUUUCCACGACAUUUUUCAAACUUAAUUUUGUUACUUUGGAUUUUUGACAAGCUACAAACAUACUUAUUUCUUUAGCGUUCUUUUUGCAAAGAAAACUGAGACUAAAAUAGUGAUUUACACACGAUUUGAUCAACAUCUGAAUUCAAGUAUCAAAAUAGUAAUGCACAGUGAAUAGUAUAAAAAUUGCACUAUACGGUAAAAAAUUGCCAUCGUUGCCGCAAUGAUCCACAACAUUUUGUUCUCCCUCUACGGCAAUUGCCGCGAUAAAAUCCGAGCCCUGGUAUGUUAUGUGGAUUUGUCUCAUCCCCCUGUAUCCUAAUUAAUUGUCUGUGUAUUAUAUUGCCAGAAUAAUUAUGAUGACUUAUAUAUUGUCUAAAUAGUUUCUAUGUAAUUACUGUACAUUCCUUGUAAUUUACAUUGAUGUUCACGAUUUUUAAAUAUUUAUUUUGUUUGUAAAUAACAAUGUAGGAUGUGGUCAGCUCUAUGUUGCAGAUGGGAACUGGAAAUUAAGAUAUGCCCAUUGCAUGUGGAAAGUCCCUAUUGAGUUGGUUGGCUUUGGGAAAAUAAAUUACCCAAGUUAUAGGUAA